CGAUGUUUUAUCGCCUUCGCUUCUCUCUCCUCUAUUCUUCUCUCUUAUCGAGGAGAUCAAGCCACUGCAACGUUGAAUACAUGAAUCAAUUCGAAAAAUAUUGGUGAAAUCCUUCGCAAUACAGAUGAUCAACGCAGUUUCUGAUAAUUGUUCACCGUUUUCAUUCGCAGAAAUCAUCCGCUCAGAUCUCUCAUCCUCAAUAUUGAUCCAUGUAUGCUAGUCAAAUCAUUGAGUGAAGAUAAGUCUCUGAAGCCGUAUCCCGCUGAAAUACGUGAUUUAGAUAUAUCCAGAAUCCAGAUGCAGUCGCGCCCUAUAAAACUUACCUUUAAAUUGAAAGUAAAAAAGGACGAAAAUGGCUGCAAUGGUUCUACUCUCCCAGAUCACCCGAAUAAGUCUUGUCAGCAACCUAUAGAUGAGGUUUCCCCUCAAGAGGAAGAAAACCAUAGUGCAGCAGAGGAUGAAGUUAAUCAAUCAGGUGAAGAAGAUGCUCAAAAGCAAUUGGUGGUUUAUGAUCCUGCUGCCAAUGGUACAACCACAGGUGAAGAGGUCCAACCCCUUUCUUUCCCCAAAAAGUCAAUCCCCUUUCACUCUUCCAAAGUGUUGCCGUCGGUUGGGGCUUUCACCGUCCAAUGUGCUGAGUGCUUUAAAUGGAGAUUGAUACCGACAAAAGAAAAGUAUGAGGAAAUACGGGAACACCUUUUGGAGAAACCUUUUGUGUGUGAAACAGCUCGUGAGUGGCGGCCUGAAAUAUCAUGUGAAGAUCAACCUGACAUUUGUCAAGAUGGCAGCAGGCUGUGGGCAAUUGAUAAGCCUAACAUUGCUCAGCCUCCUCCUGGGUGGCAGCGGCUUCUAAGGAUCAGAGGUGAAGGAAGCACUAGGUUUGCGGAUGUGUAUUAUGUUGCACCUUCAGGCAAGAGACUGCGCUCUAUGGUCGAGAUUCAAAAGUACUUGCUGGAACAUCCAGAGUACGUGGAGGCUGGAGUGUCCAUUUCACAAUUUUCAUUCCAAAUUCCAAGACCUUUGCAAGAAAACUAUGUGAGGAAGCGUCCCACUCCCGCUCGUAUCACACCUUCUGAUGCCAAUCCCCUCUCGUGGGCAGGUCCAGAUGAGAAUACAGAUUUACGGCUUGGCUUACCAGGGUUCUGUGAUGCACCUGACUCGGAAAUUGUAGAUCUUCCGGCAAAGAAAAAGGUGAGGCGGGGACCAUCUAAACACGUUUUCAGUUGUGAUUCAGUAUAUGAUCAGCAGGUGGUGGAGUUGGAGGAGCCUUAUCAGGCUCGAAAUGAUGUGUUUGAGAUCUAGCUCUUGUUGUGAGGCCCUUUUUUGUCAACCGACGUUCAAGGUGUCACAUGACAGUCUUAUAUUUUUUGCCGUAGCCUUGUGCGUGGAAUGAAAAUACUGUACUUUUGUCGAAACAUUACGUCUGCUAAAGUGGGGGGCGGGCUCCGGUGGAGCUGCUGGGGUGUUAGGGAGAGAUGAAGGAAAUGUUGUGACUGUUGUUCAGUGAGAAAUAUAAAAACUGUUUUUAUGAUUAUGUAUAAAAGAAUCUAUUAUCA